AUGUCCGACGACGGCAGCGAGGUGGCGGUGGAGCUGCCGCAGAUGUGGCAGUAUAUCCACCCAACGCACAACAGCGCCGACAGCAGCGAGGACGAGAUGGAUGACGAGGAAAACGUAGAAGUGGUCGACAACGACGCAGCCCGCGGAGGGCGCCCUGCCGACUACGUAAAGCUGAAAAAGUCGGCCCCACGCCUUGGCCAGCUGAUCCGCUUCCUCAACGACAUGGAGGACGAGGAUGUGCAGGGGGUACUGCUGGAGAAUGAUCCGGUGACGCGGCAGACGCUGCUGCAGUGGGCGACGCUGAACAACCACUUCAUGCUCGUCGAGUACCUCGUGAAGCGUGUGAAGCGCGCCGCCUUCUCCUUCGAUGCCGAGUCGGUCGAGGUCGUGGUGUACGACCGGUGGGUGGAGAUGUCGCAGGAGCUACCCACGGCUGCCGAGGUGGCGGAGCGGCAGAAGCAGCGCGAGAACGAGAAGGCAAAGCGUCUGGCGGAGC